AUGGUGUCGAUAGUGGAUAAGAUCAAGAAGAUACGCAUUCACCGUCGGAAGAAACCUGUGGAACCAGCCGAUAAUAAUAGUAAUAACAUCAACAAUAAUGGUGAAGACGUUCCGCCACCGGGGGACGAUCCUGAGUAUAUGAAGAUGAUUGAUGCGAGGAUAGAGAAGAAACUGUUGAGCUUGCCCGUGGUCACCACGACCACAGUGUCGAGUGACGAGACUCUCAAUGAAGACGCAAACAAUUACAAGUAUAUAGUAGUCACCAACGCGCAGGAGUUCAGAUUCAAGAAGUACAGACGGGAUAACCAUCAUCAGGGGGAACAGAAGGACCCUACAAGCAAGAGACUGACGAGUGAGCGCAUCUUGAAGAUGAUAAACUUCGACAACCAAUACAGGAUGGACCUCGAGGACGAACGCUACGUGCGAUUUACUAACAAAUACUACUGCUGUAGCAGAAGCAACAGUAGUAGCGAUAGUACUCACCACCAUUGCCAUUCAUCAUCGAUCGUCGCAGCUAAAUUUCGUAUGUAUAAAAAAAGUGGGUACCCACAUUUUUUAUUUUUUUUUGCCUUUUCACUUUUUCCCAGUUUUCUCGGCCGCUCGCGCCGUGAUCUGAUUCGCCGCAGGGGCAAACGGGGGCAGAAUGGAGGAGAAUGA